ACUGCUCCUCUGUCUGUCCAGGGCCCUCACCACUGGCCCAAGCUCCCUCCCGCUCCCUCUCCCCCGCCAGCCCCUCUCAUCCCCUGUCCCGUGUCCCCUGUCCUGGACUCUGCAGACAUGAGGGUCCUGGUCUGCGUCCUUGCUGUGAUGGGGAUCCAGGCUGUUGAGCGGCUGCGUCUGGCUGACGGCCCCCAUGACUGCGCAGGCCGGCUGGAGGUAUGGCACUUGGGACGCUGGGGGACCGUGUGUGACGACGGCUGGGACCUGCGUGACGCAGCCGUGGCCUGCCGGGAGCUGGGCUGUGGAGGGGCGAUGGCCGCCCCUGGGGGCGCCUUCUUCGGGGAGGGGGCCGGGCCCGUGUGGCUGAGUGAGUUGGCCUGCCGGGGCAGGGAGACUCAGCUGGGGCUGUGUCCCCACCGGGGCUGGAGGGCCCACAUCUGCUCCCACGAGGAGGAUGCUGCUGUCGUAUGUGCAGGACAGCGCAUGGCCAGCUCGAGGGAAGGAUCCCUGCCGGACCUGGAUCCCUGGCCAGAGCUGCUGGAGCUGAACCCCGGUUCCGAGGAGCCCCCCCAGAGGUCGCUCCCCUCUGCCACCCAGGCCCCCCGCCUGGCCGGGACCCCCCAGAACAGCCCCCGGAAGAAGAAUCCCCGGCCGCCCAAGCAGGCCAAGUCUACCCGGGCCCCUCUGCUGACGGCUGGAGCCCCCCGUCAGGAGCGGCUGCGUCUGGCCGGCGGCCCCCACGGCUGCGCGGGCCGGCUGGAGGUGUGGCACUCGGGGCGCUGGGGGACCGUGUGUGACGACGGCUGGGACCUGCGUGACGCGGCCGUGGCCUGCCGGGCGCUGGGCUGCGGGGGGGCGCUGGCCGCCCCCGGGGGUGCCCGGUUCGGCCCGGGCACAGGGCCCGUGUGGAUGGACGAUGUGGGGUGUGGAGGCGGAGAACAAACCCUUCAAGACUGUGCCCGAAGCCCCUGGGGCCGGAGCAACUGUGACCACAGCGAAGACGCCGGCCUGGUCUGCACGGGCCCGGCCCCCCGGCUGCGUCUGGCCAGCGGCCCCCACGGCUGCGCGGGCCGGCUGGAGGUGUGGCACUCGGGGCGCUGGGGGACCGUGUGUGACGACGCCUGGGACCUGCGUGACGCGGCCGUGGCCUGCCGGGAGCUGGGCUGUGGGGGGGCGCUGGCUGCCCCUGGAGGCGCCUUCUUCGGGGAGGGGGCCGGGCCCAUCCUCCUGGACGACCUUCGUUGCCGUGGCAAUGAGACGACCCUUCGCUUGUGCCCUUCGAGGCCCUGGGGACAGCAUGACUGCCACCACCGGGAGGACGCAGGAGCCGUGUGCGACGGUAUGCCUCUGGGGUAUGUGCCCCCCACAGCCCCCUCAGUGGGCAGCAACACCUCCACACACAGGCCUCCAACCCCCCCAGUGAGCCAGGCUCCAGGGACGGCCGGCCUCUCCGCCCCUCCCGCCUCUCCCACUGCCCCAUGGGAGCCGGGGCCAGAAGCUGGGUCCCCCCAGCUGCGCCUGGUGGCAGGGCCCAGCAGGUGCUCGGGCCGGCUGGAGGUGUGGCACUUGGGGCGCUGGGGGACGGUGUGUGAUGACGCCUGGGACCUGCGGGACUCGGCUGUGGUCUGCCGGGAGCUGGGCUGCGGACCCCCUCGGCCGCCCGACCCCACCGCUGGCCGCUUCGGCUGGGGCGCCGGCCCCAUCUGGCUGGACGACAUGGGGUGUGUGGGGACCGAGGCCUCGCUCUCCGACUGUGCCGCUGCCCCCUGGGGGAAGCACAACUGUGCUCACAAUGAGGACGUGGGCGUCACCUGCACAGGCACCCCUGGCCUGGAUUCCGUGGCAGAUCCCUUCAGCUGGAGCUGGAUCCCUGGCCUGGGUAGUGACCCCAACGCCUGGGUCCCUGGGGAACUGGCCACCAAGCCCUCUGUGAGGCUGACGCCCAGUGCCCCCCAGAGGAGCACCCCCAAGGCCCCAGGCAAAGCGCCCAAGAAUGCCAAGAAGUGGGGGGCUAGGACCACCAAGAGACCAACCACUCGGACCCCCCAGCUGCCAACCACCACACCCACCCUUGGCCGGAUCACCCAGCACACUGCUGAACCCAGCACCUGGCCCUCGGCCACCCUGCUCACAAGGGCCCCCCACCGGCUGACCUCUCCGGCCACCACCACACGGACGCACCGGACCCGCCAGACCCCGGCUGCUAAGACUGUGGCCACACAGAGCACUCUGGAUCCCCUAGAGCCGGUCUCUGGGGUCACUGGGCAAGCCCCUCUGAGCUCCGGGGAGCCGUGGUCUGAGGUGACGUCAGCCGCACCUUUUCUCCUGAUUGGCGCGCGCGGGCCCAUCAGGUGUGUAUAAAAACCCUGGGCCUCCCUGCCAGGCGGUUUUCGGAUCCGGCUGGCCGACGGGCCCAACCGCUGCGCUGGCCGCCUGGAGGUGUGGCACGCGGGACGCUGGGGCACCGUAUGCGACGACGGCUGGGACCAGCGGGACAGCACCGUGGUCUGCCAGGAGCUGGGCUGCGGGCGCGUCCGGCCACGCGUGGGCAAGACCCACUACGGCCCCGGGGCCGGGCCCAUCUGGCUGGACGACGUGGGUUGCCAGGGCGCCGAGGCCUCGCUUAGCCUCUGCCCCGCCCGGGCCUGGGGGCAGCACAACUGCGACCACGACGAGGACGUGGGCCUCACCUGCACCGGCCACAGCGACGCGGAGGACUACCCGCCCUGGACCUGGGACCCCACGUCCGGGGAGGACCUGGCCAAGGGGUCCACCCCCGCCCCCUCCCGGGACAGCACGGGGAGCCUCGGGGCCUCCUCCCCAGCAGGUGAUGAUAGGGACAAGUCCUCCUGGACAUGGGACAGGCUUCUAAAAGGGGCCGUCACCAAGGGGCCCACCGUGGCAGGCAGAGCAGGACCCGCUCCCACCACUGGCACCACCGGGAGCCCGGGCCAGCCUCCCCCAGCUCCGAGGGCCCGUGGACACAUAGAUUCCGCCCCGAGGCCCGGGGCGGCCAAGACCGCCCCCCGCAGCCCGCCCCCGGCCUCCUCCACCUCGCCGGGGCCUCCCAGGCCUCUGACCACCACUGACUCAGAGCCGGAGCACGUCCCCGAGGACACAGCUUCCACCGGCACGGUGACCUCUGACCCCCCCGACGGGCGCCCGUCCAGCCCGGACCCGGCCUCGGGCGUGGACUCAGACCUGGCCAGGGCCGCCCCCGGCUCCACUGCGCUUCCAGAGAUGAGCGCUGAGCUCGCCGCCACCUCGCCGCCCCCCGCCAGGACCGAAGGACCUCUGACCUCUGACCUCUCUCAACCUAAGGCAAUGACCCCCACCUCAGAGAUGACCCCAGAGUCCGGAACAACUCCAUACUAUGAUACAGCCUCAGUGGCUGCUGGAUCCCCAGAUCCGACCACUAGCCUUCACACUACAGUGACCCUUCACCCCACAGUGACCUUUUACCCUACAGUGACCUCUCAACCUACAGUCACAGCCACCCGGUCCACAGUGACCCCUGGCCCUGUCACAGCCCCCCAGCCCACAGUGACCCCUGACCCUGUCACAGCCCACCAGCCCACAGUGACCCCUGACCCAGUCCCAGCCCCCCAGCCCACAGGGACCCCUGACCCAGUCCCAGCCCCCCAGCCCACAGGGACCCCUGACCCUGUCACAGCCCCCCAGCCCACAGGGACCCCUGACCCUGUCACAGCCCCCCAGCCCACAGGGACCCCUGACCCUGUCACAACCCCCCAGCCCACAGUGACCCCUGACCCAGUCCCAGCCCCCCAGCCCACAGUGACCCCUGACCCAGUCCCAGCCCCCCAGCCCACAGUGACUCCUGACCCAGUCCCAGCCCCUCAGCCCACAGUGACCCCUGACCCAGUCCCAGCCCCCCAGCUCACAGUGACCCCUGACCCAGUCACAACCCCCGAGCCCACAGUGACCCCUCACCCUGUCACAGCCCCCCGGCCCACAGUGACCCCUCACCCUGUCACAGCCCCCCGGCCCACCACCAUGGCUGAGACUCACCCUGCCCCGAGUCCCAAUGACACCUCCACUCCUGGGCCCGGGACCACGGCCCGUCUGGCUCCCCUGGAGCCAGAGCUCCCCUCUCCAGCACCGACAGCCGGACGCAGCCUGAAGCCCCGGCCGACCUCCAGGAGCGCCCCCCAGCCCUCCGCGUCCCAGGUGUCCAGCCUGGAGCCCUCUCCAGCCCCAAGAACAGACCCACUGUCCGCUGAGGACGUCAGGCCCCCUGGCCGCCAGAGCCCCAGGCUAAGCCCUCCACCCACCCAGACCCCAAGCUCAGCCUCCGACCCCACCGAGACCUCUGACCCCCACCACUCUCCCCCGGCCCACCCCUCAGAAGAGCCGACCCCGGGUGGGAACACAGGCGCCCCGGGUCCGUGUGUGGCCCCGCCGCCGCCACACGCCAGGGUCAUGGCCUGCGAGCCCCCCGCCCUGGUGGAGCUGGUGGCCGCCGUGAGGGACGUGGGCGCCCAGCUGCACAGGCUGACGCAGGCGCUGGAGAGGGAGCAGCAGGAGCGCCGAGCGCUGAGACUGGGGCUGAGCCAGCUGGCGGAGGCCGCGCAGGGUCUGGGGCAGCUGGGUGAGGCGGUGAGGAGACUGGCAGAGGCGGCCCGGCCCCCCAGCACGCCUGCGCCCACCACCGCCGCCCCGGAGGAGGAAGACAGGCCUUUGCGGGGAGACGUGUGAGACAGAGAUCUCCUGCGUGACCGCAACCCCAGCCGGUAACCAGAGUAUCUACGAGCAGGAUGCUGGGGCGGCCGCUCGGGAGUAAAGGGCAGGGCUUGACCAGCGUGAGGCCCUGAGUUCAAUCCCCGGCGGAUCCCUCGUGAAUAAAUGAGUCAGCUUUUAAAACUA